GACCCCUCAUCGUCUUUCGCAAAAGUUUACUCUACAAUCUCUUGAAUUGAAGCAUUAAAAAUUGAGUCAAAAUCUGUUACUCUCGCUAAAACGAAUCGACAAUCAAGAGAAAUUGAAAAUAUGGCACCCAAAUUUUCAGAGGACGAAAUUGAUGAUUUGAUAUAUUUUGCUCGUAUUGGGGAUAAUGAUGAAUUCGAGAAAUUGAGGGAGGAGUUAUGUAAAAGGGAGGGAUGUUCGACUGCCGAACUGCUAGAAACUGCAAGAGAUAGCGAGAGUGGGAAUGGUGUGCUACAUAUGUCUGCCGCCAAUGGACAUCACGGUAAGAUUUUAAACUCUUCCUUCAAAUCAAAGAAAGGAAACUAACUACUCAUAAACAGAACUCCUCAGCCUCCUUAUAAAAUACCUUUCAAACCCGUCACCUCAGAACCCUCAAAUGCUCAAAAUACUCAACACGCAAAAUGGCUCUGGAAACACACCCUUGCACUGGGCUGCUUUAAAUGGACAUUUGGAAUGCGUAAAGAGCUUAAUAGAAAAUGGAGCAGAUCCAACGAUACAGAAUCAAAAAGGACAUGAUGCGGUUUAUGAAGCGGAGUUGGCGGAUAAAACAGAGGUUGUGGAUUGGGUUCUGAAAGAAGGAGGGGAGGGAUUGGAAGAGGGUAUUGCUGGGGAUGAGGGUGCUGAGGGAGGAGAGGAGGAUGAGAAUAUGGUGGAGGAAGGAACUGAGGUUGUAAAUGUCGCGGAGGGAGAGGGAAAGCUGGAGGAUGCGGUGAAGAAUUUGGGCAUUGGUGAGGAUGUGAAGAAGUGAGAGAACAGAGUUGGAAGAAAUGAAUUCAACAGCGAGGGUUGUAUACUGUUGGAAGCAUCCCUCGCGACCGGGGCAUGUUGGAGGAUGGGCCUGAAUUAUUGCACGCCGGCAAAAUUUAAAUAUGAGGUAUGCCAUAACGAGCUAUUGUUGAUUAGAUGGUCGACUGUAAACCAGGGUUUGCGACCCCUAGCGUGGGAUGACACUGCAUAUAUACCCCGCAUAACGGAGAUGCAAAAGGCAGCAUAGCAUUUUCGAAUACAAUUAUAAACACUUUACAUUUCACUUCGUCCC